AUGGGAUCCAACCACAUAGAAUUUACAAUAUGGACGAGUCUGGACUUAACACAAAAGCCACCUAAAGUGUUUGCAUCUAAAGGGAAAAAACAAGUUGGUGCCGUUACUAGUGCUGAACGUGGUAAACAUUUCACAGUUAUUGCCUGUGCUAAUGCUAUUGGAAAUUACGUUCCACCUGCACUAAUUAUCUCAAGGAAAAACUACAAGGCCGAAUACUUCGACGGAAUUCCACCAGGCAGUUUAGAUCUGUGCCACCCUUCUGGAUACAUGACCGGUGACUUAUUUUUUAAGUGGAUGCGCCAUUUUGUUGCUUUUGUGAAUGCUUCUUUAGCUAAUAAGGUAUUACUAAUUCUUGACGGUCAUUCCAGUCAUAAAAAUUUGGAUGCUCUUGAAUUUGCUAAGGCCAACGGCGUGGUAAUGCUCUGUUUUCCUCCCCAUUGCACUCACCGAAUGCAACCAACCGAUUUAUCAUUUUUCGGUCCACUUCAGGCGUAUUAUGACCGCGAGAUGUCAACAUGGAUUAAGAACCAAACUGGCAGAACUAUAGGCCUAUAUCAAGUUGCCCAGCUUUUUGGAAGAGCCUACGAAAUUGCAGCCUCUGUCAGAAAUAUAACGAGUGGUUUUGAGAAAUCUGGAAUUUAUCCCUUUAACCCACACAUUUUUCCAGAAGAGCUGUAUUUACCCAGCGCAGUUACCGAAAAUGAAUUGACUAACGAAGAUGAGCCAGUUGCAAGUAGUUCAUCUCUCUAUGCCUGA